AUGCUCGGAUCAAGUAUCGGAAAGUCGCCAAGUGCUGCAACCACCACCGAGAGCUUGGACAGGACCCCUUCUACCCGCAAGAGCAGUGUAACAAGUACGACUAGUACGGAAAUGGACGAUUUCUUCCUUGAGCGACUCAAUCCUGUCGUUAUACGCGGGAAUGGAAGCAAUACCGAACUUACAAUGAGUCCGGACCCGCUACAGAGCACGAGCAGCCUUGACGUCUCGAGCCCUCGACUUUCCCAGCUAAACACGACUAUCAGCAACUCCUCGAGAACUUGCUUGGAAAGCGCAUCUCCUGCACUAUUGCCCUCAGCGAUGUCCGAUUCCGUUCAGGGCAUCUCGCCGAUGAAGAAAAUGCCCCUCGGCUUACGACGUCCAUCAGAGAGUGAAGAUGAGGUGAAGAGAUCCUUCAUCCCAUCCCUUGCUACCAAGCGCGCGUCCCGAACUUCGAAAGUGGUUGAUGCAACACCAUCGGUGAGGAACAAUUUGAGUAAAACACGUAAGGGCUCCUUCAGUGGGGCUACUUCAGAAGGCAAAGAAGGGAGUUGGCUCAAGUCAUCUAAGAAGGAGAAAACUUUACAAGAGUCUUCCAAGCCUCCCAGAAAGUGGAACUUUUUCCAGCGGGCUCACGGUGCCCCGCGUCUACCCACUCCAGCUGUGGAAGCACCAAGUUCUUCUCCUGCUCGUGUAGCAGUCUCGCGGUCCAUGGCCCACUACGCAAUAGUUGACUCGCAAUCUGGACUCGACGCCGACGACAUUGAAAAGAUUAUGCAAGAGGCAGACAGCACGCCCGAAGAAGCAUCAUCAUCAGUGCAGCAGGAUGAGACUGUAAUUUCUAAUCCUCAAUAUAAGGAUACGGAGCGUCUACCAUCCAUGUUACUGCCACCGAAGCCCAUCUUGCCUGACAUUUUCACAGCACCUGCCCGUCCAGCUUCGCCAAAGGUCUUUCUGCGACCCAUGCCGGAGUCUCCGCCAAAGCUUACUCUGGAUACGAGUGUUACCGAGCAGGCUCAUCGUGUGCCGCCCUCAGUGGCCGACUUGACUCCAGUGACAGAUCUUUCUCCCACAUCGUCUCCAGUCAGUCCGCUAUCACCCGUGCAACUUUCCGAGCCUUUCGUUUCGCCUAAGACUCUUGUACCAGUCUUCCUACCGUCAACGCCUGCUACACUAUCUCCUCUGGGACCACCGCCUUCGGAUCCUCCACCAAGGCCCAGCCGCCUAGCUCAAGUAGGUCGCAUACCUCAAGUAGUCUCAACUCGCCAAAAGUCACACCGUCCUCAUUCCCGAUCCUUCUCUCGUCCUUUUGCGAUGAACCAACCGACCGCGUCUUCGCACACUUCGCAUGGCUCUAUUGGUUCUAUGACCGCAACAGCUGGUCCAGCCGAGCCGUAUCCUAUUCUUCAUGGGCUUAACGCGCUCACCCACGGCACGGCUAUUGCUACUAUGAGCCCGAGUGCGGAGGCAUCCGUACGCCAAGGAGAGUUUUUCGUCUUCUCGUCCAGGAAGGGUUCUGAGGUGUCGUACUCCAGCAGUUCGGGGACAUGGAGCUUUCCUGCAACCGCUGGAACUGCAAUCGUUCCCAUUCGUGGUGCACCUCAAUCUGAAGACGAGGUCUGGAACGAGUACGAUGACCUUAUUGACGAGGUUCUUUCUCCUGUAGACUCGCAAAAUGUUGUUGGUGGCGAAUCUGGACAGAGACGGCCGUCUCUGGAGCCACUUCCACUUAAGCUAAAGCACUCCAGGGCGUCUUCACAUUCGGCAGCUUCCACUACAGGCGUCUCAAAUCCCUCAUUGCAUCUACGCCGCUCCCGACUACUUGCUGUAUUGCACUCCCAGUCACCCACAUCAUCGAUAUCUUUGUCCGAGUUCCUUCAAGAGUAUGGAGAAAGGAGCAUUAGCGUAGUCGACCCGAUAAGUGGACGUCUCAGCUUUCCAUCCACUGCCCGCAUGUCCAUUAGUUCAGCUCCACGUAAUCGUGCGAGCUCGAACCGCUCCAGUCUGCCAGCGUCUCUGAACUUGAGCGCUCGCCAAUCUAAGGCUACUCUUGCCUCUAGCUCUGAGAGGGACCGCAAUAGCGCCAGUGCGAACAAGUAUAGAGACACCCGGCUUAUGGAGAUGGCUGAGACACAAGCAGACGGGCUGUCGUCAAUGGCCAAUCUUCGUUUUGGUGCUUUGAUGACCAGCAAGUGGCUGUCUUUUGGCCGUGUCAUUUUCAGCCCCGCGCACUUCGAGUUCAAGAAUCCCGAGCAUGAUCGCAUCCUCGUCAUUGAUGGCCUUGGUAAAGACUGGUCGUACUAUUGCGCUCUCACAUACCCCGAAGCAACCGUUUACAACCUUGGUCCUGGUCAACCGUCCUUGACAGCGACUACGAGCAAUGCGCCUGAACCGUGGUCCACACUCAGUAACCACCGUCACUUCAACCAUACUGCCCUCGGUGACCCGUUUCCUUUUCCGAAAGGCUUCUUCGCAUGCGUUGUACUCCGGUUUCCAUCCGCUGUCCCUACAUCUGUUCACCGCUCUGUGAUAUCAGAGUGCAAGCGGGUACUGAGGCCUGGGGGCUAUUUGGAGCUCAGCGUUCUCGAUCUCGACCUCGUCAACAUGGGCAAUCGCGCUCGACGUGCCGUUCGCGGUCUCAAAGUCAAGAUGCAGGUCGCGGACGAGGACGUGUCUCUUCGCAACAUCAGCGAUGAGAUCAUGGGUCUUGUCGGAAAGAAAGGCUUCACCGAGUGCAACAGAUGCUUCGUAGGUGUUCCUGUUGCAGGCAAUCUGCCCAGCCCAGACGACACCGACGCUGCGUCGAAGAAGAGGAAAGGGAGCACCGCCAGCUCUAUCAACAAGCCGACCGGAGCCACUACUAAGGCCACCAAAAAGCCCAAGCCCGAGGUCUCGUUCUCAGAUCUUCUCAACACACGCGCAUCUUCCGAAUCUACAGACAACACCAUAACCGAUAUGGUGGCGCGCGUGGGCCGCUGGUGGUAUUCGCGCUGCUACGAGUCCCUUGUCCUCCCUGAAGCUGGCGAACCAGACGCCGCGAACUCCGGCGACAUUCUUCGGAGCAGCAUCUGGCGCGACGAGAGCCUCAUUAACGAGUGUGAGAAGCGUGGCACUAGCUUCAGGCUGCUCAUUGGAUAUGCGCAGAAGCCCGAGGUUGGAGUACGCCGCACCGUGAGCGUUUGA